CGGGACCCCAAGGGACAGCGAGCACAGGUGAGGCUGGGCUGGGACGGAGCUGAGGUGGGGGACAGCAGGGCUGGUGCAGGAGAGGGGAUGUGUGAAGGUCUCCAGCAGGGAGCUGCAGCCCCGCACCUCAGGCACAGGACAGGCAAGGUGGGAUGGCCAUGGGACCGGCUUUGCAUGGGGUGCCCGGGGCUCCUUGGGGUCAGGCUGGGAGCUCCUCCUUCUGCCUGGCACCGGGUGCCCCAGGGCUGCAGGCAAAGGGCUGGCGUCGGCUGUGCAGACCAGAGGGUGACACGAGGCUCACAUCAGCUGUCUUCUACAGGAGCUGCAGAAAUUGGCCUCCAAGCACCCCAACCUGGUCAUCGUCCCGCUCGAAGUCACCGAUCCCGCCAGCAUCAAGGCGGCCGCAGCCAGCGUCGGGGAGCGCCUCAAGGGCUCGGGGCUGAACCUCCUCAUCAACAACGCUGGAAUUGUGAGGGAAAACACAAUUGACAACGAAACACUGAAGGAUAUGGCUGAGGUGUACACGACCAACACCAUUGCGCCUCUCCUGCUGGGCCAGGCGUUCCUGCCCCUGCUGAAGAAGGCAGCCCAGGGGAGCCCGGGCUCGGGGAUGAGCUGCAGCAAGGCGGCCAUCGUCAACAUUUCCAGCAUUGGGGGUUCGAUCAAAGAAAUGUAUAUAUGGGAAACCAUACAAGCUGUCUGUUACCGCUGCAGCAAGGCUGCCCUGAACAUGCUCACCAGGUGCCAGUCCAUGGGGUACCGGGAACACGGCAUCCUCUGCGUCGCUCUCCAUCCCGGAUGGGUGCAAACAGACAUGGGGAACGUGGCCGGAUGCACGCCCCCGCUGACGGUGGACGCGAGCGUAGGAGGGAUGCUGAAGGUGCUCUCCAACCUCUCCGAGAAGGACAGCGGGGCCUUCCUGGACUGGGAAGGGAACGUUGUGGCCUGGUGAGCUGCUGGCCCGGCCUCGUGCCUGGAUCCUGGCAGUGGCCCCAGUGCUGCUGCCCGACUUCUGCUUCCUCCUCAAUAAACCCAUGUCACAGAACAGCAAA